AUGGCCGGGAAGCAGCCCCCAACACCUGAGAAUUUCUUCCGUGUAUGGACCCAGGAGGUGAAACCGGAAAAAAUCCCCAAGGAAAAGCAGGAUGUCUGCAGCAUUUGUAUGGAGGGGUUCGGCAUGCCAAAUGCAGACGGCAAGAUUGAGAAGCCACUAAUCCAGCUCCGCAAAUGCGGACAUAUCGUGGGACGCGAUUGCCUUUUAAUCUGGCUUUCGUCAACCCCAAAGAAGGAAUGCCCGGUCUGCCGGACCAGCCUGUACUCGAUUAAAAAAACGAAAAUGGCUUACGUCACGCUCGACGACGAGGAGAGUGAUUUCAUGCGGAAAAAGACUCUCAAGUUCAAUUCCGACGCAGCCGCUAAGUACCAAUCCCUAGCGAUCAAGCUCUGCGAGGAGAAGCAGUGGCCGGAGAGUUUGCAGAUGCCACAAGAAGCGUAUGAAGGCAUGCAACUCGGCAUUGCUGCGGUCGGGUGCUGGUUAGGCCAUAACAAUCACAAGCCCUAUCAGUUUGCCGAGCUCGAGCACUUGCUAAUGAUUGCCGCAGCAACAAUCCAAAGGGCUGGCCAAGUAUCCUCUCAAGAGGAAAUGUGGACCAGACUGUCGCACAUCAAGUCUGCUGAUGCCUCUUCUGUCGCAGAAGCCUGGGCGAAGAUUCCAGGCGAGCAGACUGGCCUUCUGACCCAGCGCUAUACUCUGAUCUUCGUGCAGACGGCUCUGUUGCACUUUGCUCUCCCUACUCGCCACAUCAGUAACCUUAUGUCUCUCGCGUAA